ACUCUUUGCCACUCACGUGACUGUUGUUGCCGCCGCGCGUCAUCGACCGCCGAGCCACCUUGAAUGGCCCGAUGCAGUCAUCCCCCCAUCUCACCCACCUCGCCCGACUCCACACCCCCAUCAUCAACAAUACCUCAUCCAUCACAACCACCAGUGACCGCCCACCGCCCAUCGCUGCGCCAUGCUGCUGUCUCCCGACAGCCCGAGGCGCGCACCCGGCGUAUGCGCGAUGCGCGGCUCGUGCGGCCGCGCGAGCAUGUUUGGCGCCGAGCUGCCGUGCCCUGAUUCCGGGCCAGCAGAUGCGGUCGACGACGAGAUACUCCCCCUCCUUGAGGCGACCUGCGGACCGACAUGGACGCCGCCAUCACACGUAUGCUGUACCGCCGACCAGGUACGCACACUCUCCGCCCAGCUGCAGCAAGCGGCGCCCCUUAUCGCCGCGUGCCCGGCGUGCGUGAACAACUUCCGCGCGUUCUACUGCGACUUUACGUGCUCGCCGGAUCAGAGCACGUUCAUGACGGUCACAUCGACGCAGAAGACCACCGACGGCAGGGAAGCAGUCAAGAGCGUCGCUUAUGCCGUCAGCGACGACUUCGCGACGGGCUUCUACGACUCGUGCAAGGCCGUCCAGUUCGGCGCGACCAACGGCUUCGCGAUGGACCUCAUCGGCGGGGGAGCGACCAAUGCGUCCGCGUUUCUGAAGUACAUGGGCGACGUCCGGCCUGGCCUUGGAAGCCCGUUCCAGAUCGACUUUCCCUACGGGACCAACUACUCGCGCGAGGUGCUGUGGUGCGGCGACAGCGGCAUCGACUCGCGCUGCGCGUGCGCUGACUGUCCCGACGUGUGUGCUGCGCUGCCCCACCUCCCGCCACCCGGCGGGCCGGGUUGCCGCGUCGGCGCAGUGUCGUGCAUCACCUUCUCCCUGCUCAUGGUGUACUCGACCGCAAUCCUCGCCGGGUUGCUGUAUUACUCGUUCCGGACGGCCCUGCGCCACCGCCAGCGGCGGUACGAGCGCGUCGCGCUCGUCGACCCGCCCAUGUCGCCCACUGUUGCCGGGCUCGAUGGGCUCGUUGGCCGCGGCUCUGGCGACCGGGACGACGCGGAUUCCGGGCCGUCGGGCUCGGUGCAUUUCCGGCUGGGGCGCGGCGCAUCGCUGCUUGACCCGAUGGAGCACCUCCAGCCCAAGCAGAACCAGAUCAACGCCGUCCUCAGACGCUUCUUCUACCGCCUCGGCCUGGUAUGCGCGCGCCGCCCCCUCGAGACGUUUGGCAUCGCGGCCGUCGUGAUCGCCACGCUGAACAUUGGUUGGAACUUCUUCCAGGUGGAAACGGACCCUGUGAGACUGUGGGUCUCGCCGUCGAGCGAGGCGGCACACCAGAAGGCCUUCUUCGACGACAACUUUGGUCCGUUCUACCGCACCGAGCAAGUGAUCAUUACGCGGGCGGACGGCGGCGACGUCCUGUCAUACGACACACUCGACUGGUGGCUCAAGAGGGAAGGCGAGAUCAAUGCGCUGGCCUCAAAGAGUGGGAUCAGCUAUGAGGACGUCUGCUUUGCGCCAUCAGGCCGCGGCACACCCUGCGUGCUUCAGUCGCUGUCGGCGUGGCUCGGCGACGACAUGACACAGUGGGGCGACCAGUGGCGGCAGCGUAUCGACGAGUGUGCGCGCCGGCCCGGCGAGUGCCUCCCAGAGUUUGGCCAGCCCAUCGAGCCCAAGAUGGUGCUCGGCGGCGUCGAGGACGGCUACCUGAACGCCAAGGCGAUUUUCGCGCGCUACGUAGUGGUCAACUACGACGACGAGCGCGUCGCUCCCGCCGAGGAGUGGGAGCGUACCCUCGAAGCGUACUUCGCCACCCUCUCCCACGACGGGCUCAAGAUCUCGUACUCGACGGAAGUGAGCCUCGGCGAGGAGCUCAACAAGAGCACCAACACGGACGUCAAGAUCGUCGUCCUCUCCUACCUUGUCAUGUUCCUGUAUGUCUCACUCACGCUCGGCGGGAGCCUGCCCCCGCAUCUCGUCUCCAGCACCGCCCGCACAGUGUGGUACAAGAUCAAGCAGGCCGCGCACUCACUCGGCCUGCUCAAGACUGCCCCGACAGAGCCCAUCGGCGCGGUGCCACUUUCGCUCCUCCCAACCACUCUCCUCGUCCAGUCCAAAUUCUCCCUCGGGCUGUUCGGCAUCGCCAUCGUGCUCAUCGCCGUCACGUCGUCGGUCGGCCUGUUCUCCCUCCUCGGCGUCCGCGUGACGCUCAUCAUCGCCGAGGUCAUCCCGUUCCUCGUGCUCGCUGUUGGCGUCGACAACGUGUUCAUCCUCGUACACGAGCUCGAGCGUCAGAACGCACUCUACGGCCCUACUGGCGCGCCGCCGCCGGCGUCAACAGACGAUGAAGACGAUGACCUUCUUGACGACGAGCUCAACCAGCGCGAGCGCUCCAUCCUCCCUGCUGAAGAGCGCGUCGCGCGCGCCGUAGCCCGCAUGGGCCCGUCCAUCCUCCUGUCCUCGACCACCGAGGUCGUCGCCUUCGCCCUCGGCGCGUUCGUUCCCAUGCCCGCCGUGCGCAACUUUGCAAUCUAUGCCGCGGGCAGCGUCUUCCUCGGCGCAGUGAUGCAGGUCACCGUCUUCGUUAGCGCCAUGGUCAUCGACCUGCGCCGAUCCCAGGCCAUGCGGAUGGACUGCCUCCCCUGCAUCCGCUUGCGGCAGCCUGUUGGGCUGUACGACGAGCCUCAGCCGGCGUCCGAGGGUGUGGUCACGCGCUUCAUUCGCCGCGUGUACGCGCCCUUGCUGCUCAAGAGCGAGGUCAAGCAGCUCGUUCUUGCCGCCUUUGGUGGGCUGUUCCUCGUCGCCGUGGUCGGCAUUCAACGCAUCACUCUCGGACUGGACCAGCGCCUCGCUCUCCCGUCCGACUCGUACCUCGUGCCAUACUUCAACGACUUGGACAAGUACAACGACGUCGGCCCGCCGGUCUACUUUGUCGUCAAGGAUGGUAACCCGGCAAACCGCACCGGGCAGCAGGAGCUCUGCGAGCGGUUCACGACGUGCGCUGACCUCUCGGUCGCCAACACAAUCGAGGCGGAGCGCAAGCGCCCCGACGUCUCGUUCAUCGCCAACCCGCCGGCAUCGUGGAUCGACGACUUCUUGCAGUGGACCAACCCGGCGUUCGACUCCUGCUGCCGCGUCCGCAGGCGCGACCCGAGCAUUUUCUGCCGCCCCCGCGACUCGGACCGUCUCUGCCGCCCGUGCUUCGAAGACGAGGAGUGGGACAGCACGAUGAACGGCCUGCCACAGGGUGCAAACUUCACACGCUACCUCAACCAGUGGCUGUUGUCGCCUGCCGACGACUCGUGUCCCCUCGGAGGACUGCAGGGAUACUCUACCGCUAUCGCCCGCUCAGUGGACGAGUCUCACGUCACAGCAUCGCACUUCCGCACCUUCCACACACCACUGCGCCAGCAGUCUGACUUUAUCGCCGCGCUCGCCGCUGCACGCCGCAUCGCCGCAGACAUUGUCCGCCGCACAGGCCUGGACGUGUACCCCUACUCGCUCUUUUACGUCUACUUCGACCAGUAUUCGUACAUCCGGGGCAUGACAGCGCAGAUCCUGACUGUCGGCCUGGCAGCCGUGCUGGUCAUCACGAGCCUGCUCCUCGGCUCGUGGAUGACCGGUGGCACCGUGACAUUCACGUGCGCGCUGGCGGUUAUCAACGUCAUGGGGGUCAUGGGUUUCUGGGGCGUGUCGCUCAAUGCCAUCUCGCUCGUCAACCUCGUCAUUUCUCUCGGCAUCGCCGUCGAGUUCUGCUCCCACAUCGCCAGGGCAUUCAUGGGCGCCGGCACUGGGCUACUGUACGACAAACUCGAGGGCCGCAAGGAGCGCGACGAGCGGGUAUGGACCGCGCUGGUAGACGUCGGGCCCUCCGUCUUCUCAGGCAUCACACUCACCAAGCUCAUCGGCAUCUCGGUCCUCGCGCUCACGCGCUCGCGCCUCCUCGAGAUCUACUACUUCCGCAUGUGGCUCUCGCUCAUUGUCUCGGGCGCAUUGCACGGCCUCGUCCUCCUGCCUGUCCUGCUCAGCUUUACCGGCGGCGCGGGCUACUCGCUCGAAGAUACCGACGAGGACUGGGUCACGAGCCAGAUGCGCCGGCCCAUGGACUAUGAGUAUGCGCCGUUUGCCAACGACGACUCGAUGAUGGAUUAG